CCACCACUGGGGUAAGGCAUGCGAGAGGUAAGAGGGACGAAAGGGGAAGUAGGGGAAAGGAAUAUGUAUCAGAGGGUUGCGGUAUUUACCUUCUAUUGUUAUGCUCGUUCAAUACAUUGUUGACCACAUGGUGCUGGGCGAGCGAUAUGUAGACGCAUGCAACAGAGUCAUUUGGAUAAUACAUGUUUUUAGAAGAGCUUGAUGUGUAACCGGGCCGUGUGGAGUCUGCACUGUUUAGCUCUAUAGGACUCCACCUACUAUUUGGCUUUUCCGGUCUGUUCCAUGCAAUGCCUUUCCAUCGAACUAUGGAACCCAGAUUGCAAGAACACCGGAAGAGGUAGGGAUGUGUUCAUGAUUAUCUUUGCUGCAAGUAAUAAAAUAUUUUCCACUGUUCUUUCUUCUGGCAGUGGACAUGAGUGAACCAAUGGUGUAUCAAACUGGGUUAUAUCGGGCUUACUGUUAAAAUUACUUUUGUUUUAUUGUAUAUGUGUUUCUACAGCUGAUUGCUCGGAUUUUUACACUUUACUUGAAUAUUUUGUAUUUGAAACAAGUAUGCUUGUACUUAGUACUUUCACUUUCAUGAAUUCUGUGACAAUAAUUGUGAUAGAAUUGCAGAGAAAAGGGCUCUCUUGCUUCAUGAGUUUUAUCUAUAUGAAAAAAAUUUUUAAGUUUCUUGUUCUACACAAAAGUUUUGUUGGGCUGUAUUAGCUUCCGUACGUUUUCCUCAGGAAUUAUGUAACCCUGUAUGUAAAAGCUGUUCUUUUAACGGCCAUUUUGAGAGCAUAUUUCGGGAAAUGAAAGUAAGUCUUUAAAAAAUUACUGAUCAUAAGUAAUCUGUCUACAGUAGCAGACGCUGAUCAUUGAUUGGUCCACGUGAUCCUCUGAUGUCAUGGAUGGUGUGGACAGUGGUCCAAAUGAAUCUCCCUGAUCCGAAUACAUUCGUCAACUUGAACUUAUAUGUCUCAAUCUGUGACCUUUGGUAACACAAAAGAAGAACCCUUACGAUAUUUGAAGUUUCCGAUUCCCACUUAAAAAAUGUGCUCUUAAACAGAAAUCAUAUUGCGUCUCUUAGGCUUCUGAGGAACAGAAAUAUUAUUUCAAAAAACCAUAAGGCCGUACUCACAAAUUCAUUUUUGGCAGUGUGAUUAGAAAUUAUAUAUUUUUACUGUACCAAAUAACUAAAUAUUCUUAAGUUCCCACAGUUUUCAUAAGUUAAAUAAAUAAAUAAAACUUAGCUGCAUACUCAUUUACAAUGCAUAAAAAUAAUAAAAAAAACUUAUUUGGUAAUUUAUAUUUAGUGCAUUCUGGUGACUACUUUAGCAGUCAGUGAGAACAGACAUUGAAAUUGUAGACAGAACCGUUUUCCAUGUGACAGUGUGACAUCAUUUACGUUGGAACAAGGACACGGAUUAUUCACAGAUUCUGACUCUUUUAGACAGGCCUUAAAGGUCACAAAGUUAAUAUAGUUUCCCAAUACUCAGCCACAUGUAUAACAAUAGUUCUCUCAUGGAGUAAGGUGACGCAUGGUAAGACCCAACUUGUUUUCCAGAGAACCUGGGUUGGAACUGCGAGCCGGUCACAAAUUUUGCUGUUUACACAACUGACUCUUGUCCCAAUGUCCCUGUUUUCUGUUGUGUAUCACCUUAUCUAAUAACUUUGCUGUCAACGAAACAAAAGUUAUAAAAAAAGGUUCUCUUUGUACAGUUGUGGACAUCCGUGUGAAAUAUAAAACCUUGAAGAUAUUGAUUAGCGAAUAAAUUUUAUCAUAUGUAUUUUACUGUCCUAUAUGUUAUGGUAAUGAAGAAAUAUAUUUUUAGAAUUUUAUAAACAGAUAAAAGUGUGAAGUAAAUGUAUGCUUGGAGACAUUUAUGUUCCUUGUAUAACUUUGUUUGGUUCACUGAUAAGAGAGAAUUUUAAAUGUGAAAUAGUGUUAUCUUUCAGUAAGUUAUUUGCUAAUAUACAAAGAUUCGUGGUCUACUAGAAUUUCUACGGAUCAAGGCUGUUGGAAAUUUUUAAAUUUUAUUUAAUUUGUUUCUAACCAACAAUGAUCUUCAUUCAUAAGUUCAUUACAGUCCAAGUCAUAUAUUUUUUUUUUAUCCGUGGUUGGUUUAGUUGUAUGCUAAUUGUCUCUUUAUUAGCUUAAAAGCAUUGUCUCUUUAUUAGCUAAAAACAGUUUGAAAAUUAAAAAAAAAAACAACCUUAAACAGUGUAGUUUAUGUUGGUAUGAAUGCACCACAGUUCAUACAAUACCGCUCGUUGUGUGCGAGAGAACUAAAGACUAAAUGAAUCAUAGGUAAUCAAACAAGCUUCUUACAGCAGUAUCUCAGAUGCCUGUCUAAAAUUAAUAGUUUAUUAAUUUACUUUUUACAUGCACGUACUUUACCCUUUAAAAGAUAAUAUAGAUUUAUAAAAAAAUGAAAACUUUUUGUAAGGUCAAAACAAUGCCGUGUUCUGAGAAAAUUAAAGUUUUCUAUUUUAUUCUGUUUAUGUUAAAGCAUAUGACAUGUGGACAGUAGACAAUAUUGACUAAGUUGUCACAACAAAAGAGUUUUCUACCCAACAAUAUGGAGCCCUCAUUAGUAAUAAAUAGGAUUCAAGUAAUGUAUGUAGAAAAUGUGUGGAAAAAUUGCUAAAUCUUCUUUUUACAUAUUUGUGGAUCUUCCUUGUGCAGUUUGGAAGCCCUCCGUGUUAGGUUAAGUUUGCUUCCUUAUAGUAGAACGCAAACAUAUGAAAGGUUAUAAAAAUAAUUGAGUGAUUGUUUUUAGCAUGCUCCAUUUUGCUGGUCCUUGUAAAGUUAGAAUAUUUCACUUAAACCAAUUAGUAGUCCUUAAAAGCUUAACAUGAGCUUAUCAGUAUUGAUAUGCAUGUAAUAAAAUAAUAGCUAUAUAUAUAUUUUAAAACUUAAUUGUUUUACGAGAGUUUUAAUGAACCAUACGUAGGCAGGGAGUUUAGUACUUUAGAUGCUUGAUAUGUUUAACUAUCAUUAUUUUUAAAUUUCAUUGGGAAUGCUUGUUUAUUAUCUUCUAUUCUAGGUGUGCAGGAGAAUGUGGUAUUUCGGGUGAGACAGCCUGUGGCAAAAGCAGUGACAUCAAGCCCGUUGGCAAGAAAUGUAAAGAUUGUGGGCAGUUUUUCAGUAGGCGCAAAAUGGUGGUCCAUCGAAGACUGCACGAAUCUCGCGAACCAUACCGCUGCGAAGUGUGCAGCAAGGUUUUCAGGACGGAGUUGACUUUCAGCAUCCACAUUCAGGUGCACAGCUCGAGCGACAAAGACUUGACGUGCAAGUUGUGCGAGAGGGCAUUUCCUUCCCCGAGCGUGCUGGUGAAACACAUGACGAGCCACCUGAAGGAGCGCCCUUUUUCGUGCGAAUUGUGCGAGAAAACUUUCAAACGCAAGCACGAACUCACCAGCCAUGUCAAAGUACACUCCGGAGUAAAAAACCACGUGUGCGAUGUCUGCGGUUACGCUACCAUGUACAAAGCUGCCCUCAAGAUACACCAGAAGAGGCAUGUUCGUGAAGCCCUUUUCCCUUGCGGUUCUUGCGGCAAGAAGUUCUACACAAAGUCGGAGCUGCAGAGCCACUCCAACACGCACGGCGGUAAGAAGCAUCAGUGCGAGCUCUGCGGGAAAGCGUUCGUCUACAGGCACAACAUGCUGGUUCACCAGAGGUGCCACGAUCCCGCGGCAAGCGCCAGGCUGUUCCGGUGCGAAGCGUGCGGGAAGGGCUACCGGCAGAAGAACAAGCUCACGAGCCACGUGCGCGCCCACACCGGCGAGCUGAGGUUCGUGUGCGACAUCUGCGGCAAGUCCGUGACGAGCAACGUCUCCCUGCAGACGCACCGGCGCUCCCACACGGGCGAGAAGCCCUUCGCUUGCGACACCUGCGGCAAGGCCUUCAACUCCUCCAACUACCUGGCCGUGCACAGGCGCUCCCACACGGGCGAGCGGCCCUACUCGUGCGACCAGUGCGGCAAGUCGUUCACCCAGCGGUCGACCCUGGUGGCCCACUCGCGGUGCCACUCGGGCGUGAGGCCGUACGAGUGUCGCAUCUGCCGGCGUCGGUUCGUCACCAGGCGCCUUCUCAACGCGCAUCAGCACUGUCACAGUUAGUCCCUGCCGUGCAAGUAAAUACAUGAGACUGAUAGUUUGAUGUUAAAACUUUCAUUUGUGGGCUAGUGUAAAUAUUACAUUAUCUGCAGUUGUCAGCAUAAAACAGUCUGUUGUUUCUUCAUGAUGGCUACCUACCAGAUUCUCUUAAUUAGUACGAGACUAUAACAACAUAGAAAUAAACUUUGAAAAAAUUUAUUUGUGAAUUGUCUAGUCAAUAAUUUUGGGUAAAUUAUUUAGAACGAAAAUCAUAGCCAAAUGUGAUGGGGUCCAAAAUGGCUGGUAUUAUUCCCCUUAACGUGUGGACACACUAAAGUGAUUGAUGCAGCAGUAUUGCUGGGCGUUAUCAUCUUGAUGGUUAUUUCUUACGUGUGCAUGAUACCUUAAAAGGGGUUUAGGCCCGGGCCAUAUUGGGGUUUUUCAAUUUUUAACUAUAAUUCCAUUUUUGGCCCAAGAAGGCCUAAAUCACAUUUUUCCGAAGGUUUGACACCUUGUUACAAUCUGAUGUUUACUAACAUUCUCAAGUCUGUAACAGACGGAAGAAAUAAAUGAUCAUUUUGUGAGUGCUGCUAUUACUGUCAUGAUCAUUCCAGGCCACGAAUUUUGAGUGCCCGAAGCUAGAUCCUGUGUUGUGUCAGGCUGUAUUGCAAGAGGUGGCAAAAUAUCUGAAAAUCCACAAUGGCCCAGCAUAGGUUGAACUAGUGGAGGGGAUUCUGCGGUGGUUUCACAACGCAAUGUGCAGUGUGGAGGUGAAGGCAACAGAAGUACUGGACCCGGGAAGAAAAUGUGAAAAAUUCCCCAACCCUGGGAAUUGAACCCGGGACCCUCAGCUCACCAGCCACAAUCGCGGGGGGGGGGGGGGGGGGGGAAUGGGAAGAGUGCGUGUAACUUGGUACACAUGAUAAAAGUGAAACUUCUUUGGCAAUUCAAACCUUGACUCGUAAGUACAUCGUAAGAUAUAUUAUAAGUAUCUAUCGUAAGAUAAUAAUUUUGAAUGUCUCUGUGUUCACAGCCACAUGCUUAGACAAAUAUCCGAGUAGUUGAUUACAAGUAAUAAAGAUGUAACAGUACGCCACAACGCACAAAAAGUUUGACCCAGAAAAUAUCCUGCACAGGGAUAUCCAGACAAUCGGAUUAUGAUAAAUAUAGAUGUACAACUUUACAUAAACAUUCAAAUGAAAACGCAAGACUAUCGCAAAAUAAUACUGUCGUAAAAAUUUGAAGGCAAUAUUAUAAUAAUGACUCAGCAUAGACGUUCAGGAAUUACAAGUUAAACAGCAAAAUAACAAAUUUAAAUACUUAAAUUACAUGGCGUGAGUCCAGGGGGAAAAUGUGUGGUUUUCAUCCAUGCAAUAAAUUGCAGUUAGGCAAGAGUUACCAAGUGACAGGCUCACACAAGUACAAUGCAACACUGCCGUAAUGUACUCGCAUACAGCCCAAGGUACACGAUGCUGAAAUAGCAGAUUGAAAGACCAAAUGCUUAAACUUCACACUGAGCAUUAGCAAAUUCAUUUCUGGGCAGCGUAUCGCGGACUACUUUUAACAAGCAGUUAAUCAUUUGCUCAAUAUUAAAUGACUACUGAAAAAGAAAAGCUCGGAGGGGGCAGACAAGGGGGAACAAACGGUGACGUUAAUGUAAAAAUUUUUAAAUAAUAGCAAAUAAACAAACCUGACGUGAUGAACAAGACAUGGUACACCACCAAAACACAGCAGAGGCGAACGUAAUUUUAAAGUCAGCAGCUGGAAAUAUAAUUGGUGUACUGACAAUCAUCAUUAACUUUAAAGGUGUAGAUGUCGCACACCUAAACACAAAAACGGAUAGUUACCCCUAACUCACGAUUCAUGCUAAGCACCGCUCUCAUCUCACAAACGAAGAAAAAAAUAUGUGAGAACGGCUAAGUCGAAUCUACAUCGCGGGGAAUUGACUACACAAUCGACGACACGGCUGGUAGCCUAACUGAAAACAAGUUAACUAAACCAGAAACAAGAAGCCCUUAUAAAGCAUACUACCCUGCAAGUGCACAAGCCUCGAACCAGAGAGGAGAAGAAGGGGAACUCACAUCCGCACAUAAGAAAAGGGUAUAGGAAGGGGAAAGGAGGGGAAACAUGAGAUAGUCGGAUUUUGGCGCUCGCACGGGAACCGAUGAAUUUCAAAAGUCAGUUGAAAAUCAGUAAUGCUUAAUUAACAAUAAAUACUACUCUCUGUUAAAAUACUCACAUCAUAAAGAAAAACUGUGUGUAAUUGUUUGUUCAAAUAAUUCUGCCAUUUGGAACAUGCAAAAUCUCUGAACGAAAUAUGAAAUUCAUAUUUCUGUCUUACCAGUGCUCUCUACACUGCUGGUUGAACAAGGAGGAACGUGAGCGCACUGCUAGCAAAUUUAGAAUUCAAGGCAUGCACACACACUGUCUUAUUCUUUCGUUGGCCAAUUACCUGUUCUCUGUCCUUUCCACAUCAGAAACUUUUCACAACAAUGUUUCACAAAAACGUGGCAUUAAAAUUCGGCCUUGAAAUUUUACUCUCAUGGCGCCCAAAAAAGUUUCACUUCAAAAAUUAAAGAUAUUAAAACGUAAUGUGGUGCUACUAACGGUAAGGUAUUAAAUAAAAUGUAAUCUUUCUUAACACUCUGUUUUUGUAACUUUAAAUUCUUGGCGCAUUGAUUAAAAAAAAAAAAAAAAAAAACCUUUUUAUAGUUGUCAUUUUAUGCACUGUUUGAUGGUUGGUAUGAAUACAAAAUGUUUUCAUUCAAUGAAACUAUAAGCAAUUGGGGGCUGGAUUCAGUAAUCAAUAUUGGUAUUCUGUACGGAAUUUUAUUCUUAUUCUGUGCGUAAUUUAUUCUUAUUCUGUGCCUAGGCAAAUACAGCAGGUUGUGUUAAAUAGGUGUUGCCAUACCAAUUAUUAACUUGUCAUUUAUUUUAUGAAUGUGAAAUAUUUUCAUUCUUUAUUUCUGCCUAAUACAUAAUCAUAUUCUCUGCAAAUACAAUGGAUAUCUCAACUCAUUUGUAGUAACUUUUUUUUGUGUGUUAGCUGUUUGGAUUUACGUGUAUUUCAUUUAUGAUCACAAGUUACCCUUUGAUCGUAUUGUGAAUAUGUUUAUUUAUUGCUCACCCUUGCAAUCACUUCAUGGGGAGUUGGUGUGCAUGUGACAAUUUUAAAUAAAUAUAAAUUAAAACUUUUUCAAUUUUUUUUUUUAAACUUAACCAUGAUUAUACUUGCAUUUAAAAUAAAUUGUAAACAGUAAAACUUGUGUUUAUUACGGCUACCAAUAGAAUUUAAAUGAAAAUUCUUGACUAAAAUAUUUUUUGUUUAUAUGUAUAUACUUACUGCAUCUCUGCUGAGUGAAAUUGUGAAACACACUAAUUAUUAGUGCAGAUGUUUGUUACAGUAUGAUAUGCACUGCAUUUUUCUAACUCUAUUGUUUAUAAUAGUAUUAUAUUUGUGUGUACAGGUUUAGAAUCAUUUUUUGUCAACUAUUUGUAUAUGUUUUGUUUCUUUAAAUGCAAUUUUUUGUAUCUCUAAUGAACAGCUAACUCUAAAAUGUGGUAAAACAACAUGAAGCAAAUGUUAUUGUUGGGACUUACUUGAAAUUUUGAGUUAGAUUUUGAUUUUAAGAUUGUGUGCUUGUAGUAGUAUUAGCAUCACUCAUAGAUCAGCCAAGGAAAUUAUGUGCAGUACAAUAAAUAAUAAAUUUUAUAGUAAUAAAGUGCCAAUCCAAUGUAA